AUGGGACCUCAGAGGCUCAGACUCACAGCCACAGCCACAGUCACAGUCACAGUCACAGCCACAGUCACAGUCACAGUCACAGUCACAGUCACAGUCACAGUCACAGUCACAGUCACAGUCACAGUCACAGUCACAGUCACAGUUACAGUCCCAGUCACAGACACUAGUAGAGGACUAGAGUCUCAGACUCCCUCAGAGUCUCAGAUGCAGAACUGCGGCGAAGGGAGACGGUCGAGAAAGCCUCACGCAGGAGAGUGUCUAAGACUCUUAGUGGGUGGGGGUCACAGACUGAGACAGCCUGACAAGUGA